AUGUACGGAUCGCGCGGAAGAAUUCUUGAUAUUGUUCUGCGAGAUGGUGACGGAUGGAGCUCGCCAAACGCUUUUGCUCUUGCCUCUCGUCUGAAAUCUUAUUCAGUUUGUGGAGACUUGGAUUUCGGGCAGCAGUUGCACGGGGUUGUUAGACGAGGCCUGUCAGUUCUUUGUUUUGUGAUCAAGAGUGGGUUGGAACAAGAUGAGUUCUUAUGUAGUAGUCCAGUGGAUAUGUACUCCAAAUAUGGUUUGUCUAUGGAAGCUCAUAAGGUCUUCAUUAGAACUAUUGAUCCUGAUAUUGUUGUCUGGAGUGCGAUUAUAUCAUGCUUUACUCAGCUAGGAUUGAACACUGGGGCAGUCGAAUUGUUUAGAACUAUGGAGAGCAUAGGAGCCAAAGCAAAUCAUCGUACUCUUGCGAGUGUUGCAAGUGCUGCUUCUGAGUUAGGCGAUCUAGCUCUAUGUGCAAGUCUUCAUGCAUCCAUUUUGAAAAAUGGAUUUGAAACAGGAAUAGAAGUUGGCAAUGCUAUAUUAAACAUGUACACGAAGAAUGUGGCUGUAGGAGAUGGGUGUGUGAUGUUUGACACUAUGUUGUACCACGACACUGUAUCCUGGAAUUGCCUUCCUCUGGAUUUCACAAUGGAAAUGCCUGUGAUAAAGGGCUAA